UUUAUCCCAAGUACUCUGUUUCUUCCUUUUUGUUUUUCUUUCGAGAGAGAAAAAUAAAAGGGAAAAGGCAAAGAAAACAAAAGGCAAUGGAAUAAGUGAAACGAGAGGGGAAGUAGUAAUUCUUGGUAUCAUCAUUUUGCAUAUCAUUGCUGACGUCACUGCUAGCUGUAUAAAUAGGCUAGGUGUGUAAGCAAACAAGCCUACACUCGGCUUGCUUCCACUCUGCACACUCAAGCUGUAGUGGCCACUAUUACUAGUUUACUUGCAUCUAACUUCCUCCAAGCUUCUAACCACCGUCUUGCCAUUUAGGGUUAGCUGACUGCCAAUUUCAAGAACAUACCGGUCACUCUUGCCAUAACUGAUCACUUUCCUGCAUAUCCAGCAUAUAUAUACAUAUAACAGUAACGCACAUUUGAAUUGGGUUUCAGUUUACAAUUUAUUGCUGCUCAAAUGGCUUCUUGGAUCAUCACUCGAUCUACUUGGAUCAUGAGUGUGUUCUUCGUCAUCCUAUCAUUCUUUCAAGGGUUGGUAAUGGUGGGCGGCGUGACGUUCACGUUCACGAACAGGUGCGGCGGCACGGUGUGGCCGGGGGUGCUGUCGAACUCGGGGAGCUCGGCGCUGGGGACGACGGGGUUCGCGCUGGGCGCCGGCGAGACGCGGUCGCUGGCGGCGCCGGCGGGGUGGUCGGGGAGGUUCUGGGCGCGGACGGGGUGCACGUUCGACGACGACGGCAAGGGCACUUGCGCGACGGGGGACUGCGGCUCCGGCGAGGUGGAGUGCCGCGGCGCGGGGGCGACGCCGCCGGCGACGCUGGUGGAGUUCACGCUGGGCAGCGGCGGCGGCGGCGGGAAGGACUACUACGACGUGAGCCUGGUGGACGGGUACAACCUGCCCAUGGUGGUGGAGGCGGCGGCGGCGGGGUGCCCGGCGACCGGGUGCGUCGUGGACCUCAACCAGCGGUGCCCCGCCGAGCUGAAGGCCGGCCAUGGCCAGGCUUGCCGGAGCGCGUGCGAGGCGUUCGGCACGCCGGAGUACUGCUGCAGCGGCGACCACGGCAAUCCGGACACGUGUCACCCGUCGGUGUACUCGCAGAUGUUCAAGAGGGCGUGCCCUAGGUCGUACAGCUACGCCUACGACGACGCCACGUCGACCUUCACCUGCACCGGCACCGACUACUCCAUCACCUUCUGUCCUCGACCCGGCAAUCCCAACAGUCAGAAAUCGAGCAAUGACCCGUCGCCGAGGCCGAAGGAUCCGCAGCUGGAGGACGACUCAUGGCUGGCGAGCUUGGCCACCGGCGAGGUCGACGGCGCGGCGCCGGCGUCGACGUCGUUGUUGCUGCAAGCCACAUUAGCAGUGGCAGUAAUGGCUUUGCUUGUGCUACACUAGCUAGCUAAAGAUUAAAUUGGCCGGAUAUUUCAGUCAAAAAAAAAAGGCCGGAUAGGAGAUGACCCUGAUGUGGCAAGAGGAUGGAGAUUCUUGAUCGGUAGGAAGUGGCCGGUGUUGCUUUCCGAUUUUUUUAAAAAAACAAGAUUGGAGCAGUAGGAUGAGGACGUGAAGCGAUAUUCUUUAGCCUUUUGCUUGUGGAUAGAAGGAUUGAAGCUCUGUGGACUUCUAGUGGUAUUAUGACUUGUUAAGGUGUCACCGUGUCAGUCAACAAGAACUCUCUGCAAGACUGCAAUAGUUUUCUGCCUUUCAGGAAACUUGCUACUUUAGUUACUUCUUGUGUAUAGAUUUUUGUCUUUUUAUUAUUAUUUUUUUUGCCCCCACAUAUAUUCAUGUCACACGCUGUAUUCCAAGUAAAGAAAGUAUAUAGUAAAAUUUCAUCACCUGUUAUCAGUCUAA